GAUAUGUUUGCAUAAUCGAUGCAAACAUGGCUGCUUCCUUAGCUAAAACGUGUAUAGAGUUUCAGUGAUUAUUUCUUUCUUUGAAAACAUUGUCAUAAUGAUCAAAGUCACAUUUUCUAGAUUUACUAUGCAGUAUGUGUGGUAUUUCGAUACAAUACCAUUUUUACUAAAACAACCUUUCUGCAAAAUUGUCAGAAGUGGCAAUGCAAGAAACCAUAUCCUGUACAAUUUGUUUCUUAUACACACACAAUGUCAGUGUUAUCAUACAACACCGCAAUAUUUUAAAACAAAAAAGCCAAAGCUGAACGUUUUUAAACAACUGAAACCAAAGAAAAAACUGCCAGUUGUGGAUAUAUGGAAUAGAAUGACAGUGUCAGAAUUGGCAAUAUCUGCAGGAAGAGAUAUAAAUGAUGUCCUAGAUGCAUUUUGUCUAUCUGAUCCACUUCAACGUUAUAACCAAAAUACUAUUAUAGAGGAUCCGAAUAUAUUACACGACGUUGUACGAAAACUUGGGGCAAAGUUUAGAGUGGUUUCUCUACCUGAUAGCAAAGUGGAAAAUAAUACAAAAGAUGAUGUCGUUAAACAGCCUCCACCAGACAAAUCGAUACUGGUGAAACGACGUCCAGUGGUAACAAUUAUGGGUCAUGUUGAUCAUGGCAAAACCACUUUAUUAGAUACAUUACGUAACACAUCAGUCGUGGAAAUGGAAUUUGGUGGUAUCACUCAACAUAUUGGAGCUUUCAAUGUAACAUUGAAAACGGGAGAAACAAUUACAUUUUUGGAUACUCCUGGACAUGCUGCUUUUAAUAUUAUGCGAUCGAGAGGCGCACAGAUAACCGACAUUAUAGUAUUAGUAGUGGCAGCGGAUGACGGCGUAAUGGAACAAACUAUAGAAAGUAUACAUAUGGCAAAGGCCGCGAAUGUCCCCAUUAUUGUGGCUAUUAAUAAAAUCGAUAAGCCGGAAGCUGACAUUAUGAGAACGCAAAAUAUGCUUGCGCAACAAGGGAUUCAAGUGGAAGCACUGGGCGGGGAGAUUCAAAGCGUUAAUAUAUCAGCUUUGCAUGGAACCAAUCUAGAUACUUUAAUAGAAUCUAUAGCCUUACAAGCUGAGCUUAUGGGACUAAAAGGUGAUCCAAUGGGCUUGGUCGAAGCUGUCGUAAUCGAAUGUUUAACCGAUCGUCGUCGCGGCAAAUUAGCAACAGCUUUAAUUCAACGUGGCACUCUAAGGAAGGGCGCGUUUCUUGUAAGCGGACUAACAUGGGCUAAAGUAAGAGCUAUGUUCGAUCAUUCCGGUAAUCCAGUCAUGGAAGCCAAAUUAUCCGAUGCAGUACAAAUUAUCGGAUGGAAAGAUUUACCUACUGCCGGAGAUGAGAUUUUGGAGGUUGAGAAUGAGAAAAAAGUACGCAUGGUAAUGCGAUACAGGGAAGCAAAAAAAGCUGCACAGCUCGCAGAAGAGCAUAGAAUUGCCGCAGAUAAAAAACAUGAAGAAUAUCUGAAAGAAUAUAAGGAACAUUUGGCAAAGAGAAGAGCACUUGGCAGAUAUACAAAAAUAUCAUUGCCUAUUAAAAAUGAGAAACCUGAUGGAAUUCCCAAGCUUAAUAUUGUCGUAAAAGGUGAUGUCGCUGGCUCUGUAGAAGCUAUAUUGGACGUUUUUAAUACAUAUGGAAGUGAUGAUAAAUGUCACUUAAACGUCAUUCAUUACGGUGUCGGACCUGUUACAGAGACAGAUUUAGAAAUGGCAGAUGCGUUUGAUGCCAUUAUAUAUCCUUUCAAUGUUGGUAUAACGAAAGAAUUGCAGCAGGAAGCUAAUAAAAAAAAGAUAUUGAUCCGUCCACAUAAUGUGAUCUAUAAACUUGUGGACGAUGUUAAAAAGGAGAUAAAUAGUAGACUUCCGUCGCUUGACGCUGAAGAAGUGAUAGGCGAAGCCAAUGUACUACAAGAAUUUGUGAUCACAGAUAAGAAGAAGAAAGUAAAAGUUGCAGGUUGCCGGUGCGUCAAAGGCAAUCUGAAGAAAAAUGCAUUAUAUCGUUUGAUGCGCCAACAGGAAGUUCUUUAUACUGGGAAAUUGGUAUCAAUGAGGCAUAUGAAAAACGAAACAGAUACGAUCAAGACUGAUGUAGAAUGCGGCUUGAGAUUCGAAGAUCCUACAUUGUCUUUUAAACCUGGAGACGUUUUAAUUUGUUAUCAAAUGUAUAAAAAACCACAAGAAACUGACUGGGAUCCUGGAUUCUGAAUGAUUUAAAAAAUGUUAAGAUCACCCUAAUAAAAUGUUUGGGAUCACAUCAAGUAUUAUAUUAAGACGCAUAAGUCUCGCGAAAUCGUCGUUGAAGAUGCUGGUACGCCGUAAGGACGCUACGCUUCUUCUUCUGGAGGCGGCAAGGAGUUGUUUCCUGGUUAGCUAUGGUAAUUUUUGUGUCUAACGGCUCGAUGGGAAUAUUGUCAUCUGGAUGCAC